GCGGUGGCACUCCAGGGGCACCCGCCUUUUCUAGCUGUGCGCGCUCCCUGGGACACAGUGAAACACCGAUCGUCGGACGGGACCUCGUACAGGGGUCCCGAUCAUGUGAUCACUGAUUGGCCAAUCAGUGAUCACAUGCAAAGUAGUAAGCAAGAUGUCACUUGUGACAUCAUUUCUUACUACGUGUGAAAUCUGUGAAUGAUCACAGAGGUCACAUGAGGUCACAUGGUACAAGACUAUUCACAACAGCCUUGUACCAUGUGACAAGCUGUGACCAAUCACAACUCUCACAGUA